UGGGCUCUGGAGGCCUACCACAACCUUUUCAAAAACUAUCAUGUUUCCAUAACACUUUAUUGUAAGAUUACAAUAACCUAACCAAUACUUUGAUUCGUACCAUGAACUUUUUAUAGUGUAUGAAAACAAUAUUGUUUUAAGCCUGCUUAGUGAUGGGAAAGAACGAACGUUAUCAAAUCAUUCUGCUAUAAGUGGAAGCGAGAUAGCAGCUAAUUUUAACCCGCUUUGUCCCUCUCGCACGAACACGAACAUUGACGUUUACGACGUUGACGUAACGAAUUGCGUUCCGCUUUACGGGAUUGUUUAAAUGAAAGUAAAAAAAAAAUUCAAGAGAAUAUAGAAAAUUUGAAAGGUUUUAUGUUAAAUUCAAUUAAUAUUUAAUAAAUUAAAUGUAACAGCGUUAAAUUGUUUACAAUAAGAAUUAGAUCAAACAGUGAAAUUGUUGCAAAAAAGUACCUAAUGCUGAAAAACGCGAUCCGUUUUUAACAUUGAACAUACAUGAAGACUUGAAGUGUUAUUCAUUAUUGUGACGAUUGACGCGCCAAAUCUAAAAAGUUUCAAGUGGUGUGAGUCGUGAGAGUUGUACGAGUUUUUCAGUUAUAAAUUAUAAUAUUCUUAUAUUUCUUACUCGUAGUAACAAUGUCAAAUAGAAACGUUGGGAAUCGUCGGGUGUCCGGGCAACAGCUCGAUAUCCUGUGGGAGUACCUAAACUCUCAUAGAGAUAUCGCUCUUGCCUUUAAUAGAUCUUUGGAAGCCAAGGAGCAUUCAAAGAGAAAAUGGCAGGAGAUAGCAAAUAUAUUAAAUGCUCAAGGCGAUGGCGCACAUAAGGACUGGAAAAGCUGGUCUAAAUAUUGGAUAGAUUAUAAGGCUAAAUUGAAGAGAAGAGUGGCGGCCUUACGAUUGUGUCAAAACAGGACUGGAGGAGGGCCAUCAACGGAGCAACCUCUGUCCGAUAUAGAGAAUAAGUUCCUCCAAAUACUAGGGGAGGAUUAUGGACAGGGGUUGAGUGGUGUGCGGGUUGAAUCAUUCCCGCCAGCUGAAAGCGCACAGCGAGCUGAAAGCACACAGCCAGCUAUGGAUAUUGCUUCUAUGGAGGUUAUAAACUUCCCAUUUCCUGACACAAUUAUCCCGGAUCAAGCCUCAGAGUCCAUCCUAGCAUCCACAUCCUUCCAAACCUUUGUUGUACAGGCACCAAGCACUCCACCUCGUACCCAAACUCCUCACACCGCUCCACCGUUGAACCGGCAGCAGUGUUUUCGCCCCGGCGCCGACGUCGCAGACGAGAGGUUCCACUGACUACACAGUCGAUUAGCCGGUCUCUGAUUCUUUUUUCGGAGCUUCUCUCAGGCUACUGUAAGCAGUAGAGUCUUGAAAGAAUAGCAGAUACGUUGGUGGAGAUGAAUCAAACUCUGAUACAAAUAUGCAGCAGUCGUCAGCGGAUU